CCCGCCGCCCGCCUGUUCUUCGCGGUCGCAAACGUUGUGCGCCCUGCGCGAUGGGUGCCAACGAGGACCAGGAGAUGGAACUAGAAGCUUUACGUUCUAUUUAUGAAGGAGAUGAAAGCUUCCGGGAAUUAAGUCCAGUUUCAUUUCAAUACAGGAUAGGUGAAGAUGGUGAUCCCAAAGCCUUCCUAAUAGAGAUUUCCUGGACAGAGACAUAUCCCCAGACGCCUCCUGUCAUAUCUAUGAACGCUUUUUUUAACAACACCAUCUCCUCAGCUGUGAAACAGAGUAUCUUAGCCAAACUACAGGAAGCAGUAGAAGUGAACCUUGGCACCGCCAUGACCUACACAUUGUUCGAGUAUGCUAAGGACAACAAAGAGCAGUUCAUGGAGAACCACCAUCCCGGGAAUUCUACGCCAACGCCGGUAGCCAACAUCAUCUCUGUUGAAACUCCCAGCACAGCCCCCUCAAGUAAGAAAAAAGACAAGAAAGAGCAACUUUCCAAAGCUCAGAAACGCAAGCUGGCAGAUAAAACAGAUCACAAAGGAGAACUCCCUCGAGGCUGGAACUGGGUUGAUGUCGUGAAGCAUUUAAGCAAAACUGGCUCUAAAGAUGAUGAAUAGCUCUGCAGAUGAAGUGAGAGUAUCUUUGAAAAGCAGCCCAGAUCAACAUGUCUUCUUACUUUUUCUGGUACUGGGUGGCUUUUUACAAGACAUAAUUCUUUUGUAGAUGUCUUUAAAAAUAGCAGUGGAGAGUCCAUAAAGAGAUUUGGUUGUAGUAAGUUAUUUUCACAAACUUGCCUUAAUAAAAGGUGAAAGUGUAUCCGUUUAGAGUACUUUCUGAAGCUAUUGAGCAUCAUUGGCAGUGGAUAGCUCCGAGGAGUGAGCUGGUGGUGACUUAACCAUCUGAUCCAAGGGAUAGGAUUUUUUUUUUUUUUUUUUUUUAAAGGCCAACAAAGCUACUUGCAAACUGUCAGUUCAGUAGCACCCAGUACGGACUCUUUGAUAUCCUAUGGUACCACCCAUAGCAAUGGGUGUCUCCCCUUAAGUCGCCACCUCCUCCUGCUUAGAUACCGAAGGGGAAGUUGCUUCAGAGCAAUCUGAGUACCAUUGCGGAGCUUUCUGUGAUUCUCUUUGUAGUUUCUCCUCAUUUGUCAGCAGUGAAUUGCUUCCCCCUAUUAAAUUGAUAUCUAGUUAUACUUUUCUCUUGGUUUGGGUAAAAGCAUUUGAUCAUAAGCUCUUUUGAUUCUAUGAAUAAUAAAAAGAAUCUAAGAAGAAAAUUGAGGGGCUGAGAAAGAGCUCCAUCAAUCAAGUGCUUGCUGUGCAAGCAUGAAGACGGGAAUUUAGAUCCCCAACACACACAUACAAAGCCGAGCAUGCACCUGAAACCCAGAGCUGGGGAUGCAGACAGGAGGAUCCCCCAUGCCUGCUGGCCAACCGGUUUGGCUGAGUCAUUGAGCUCCUGGUUCAUUGGGAGGUGCUGUCUCAGAUCAGGUAGAAGGCAAUAGAGGAAGACGAGUAACAGAGAUCUCUGGCCUCAGCAGGAAAGCCCAUGUUUGUUGUUUGUGCACCCAUCUGCACACACACACACACACACACACACACACACACACACACACACACACACACACACACACCAGACAAGGACUCGAAACCAUACACCAAACAAAACAUAAACAACAAAUUUGCCAAAUACUUCAGAAAGCAUUUGAGUAAGUGCUAGCUCUUAUUUAAAAUACUUCUCUUUGCUGCAUAUUCCAGGAUGAGUAUAAGAUGCCUUAAUAUUUAAUUUUUGUAUUGUUGGAGACAGUGGGUUUAAUAAAUCUCUGUUAUCUGCUAUUGUGAUGUUUUGUUGGUAACUAAGCUUUCAGUGAAGUCACCGUACAACACAUUUCAAAUCCUAGGGGUGGUGCUUGAUUUUUGUGGGGGGUUUGCUUUUUGGUGGGUUUUUCAUUUGUUUUUAUAGUGUCUUUUCAAAUAUCCAAAUGUGUUUCCCAACCUCUGUGUCUUUUUAAUAAUAUACAUACAAGUCUUUCACAUGCUGAACUGUUGUUAUUGCUUGGUUUUUAAAAAUCAUUACAAAAGGAAACUUGCUGUGGUUUUACCUAGAGACUUACUGCUGUGUGUAUGUGAGCUAUGAUGACUGUGUGUGUUUCCAUGUUGUUAGAAUGCCAACUUAUACCAUGUAGUAUAGACCAACAAUUACCUUUUUAAGGAAUUACUGUAGCAUAAGAGCAGAUUAAGAUGUAUCCAUGGAGUCCCCAAAGUUACCCUUGGCUUCAGUGACGUUGUAUGAGCUGUAAAGUGUAGUACAGUGAAAGAGUAUGCUUGCAUUUGAAAGAGCUGACUCGCUCCCAUUUUUGUUUCUUGGAUUAAUAUUGAAAUUGAAGACAGCCACUAUGGUAUCUUUUAUUUUCAAGGUUCUGUUUGUGUAGGUUUUAUUGUCAUCUUGAUUUGUUUUGUUUCUUUUAAAGAAAUGUCUUAUAAUGGGAAAAAAAAGUGUUUUGUUGUGUUUUAAAGACAAUAACUUUGACCAGUGUCAAAGUUAUUGUGGUUCUUAGAUUGCAAAGACUAAUGCUAGUUAAAUGCCAAUGAACUCUUUUUAUUCUUUUUCUAUGAAUUGUACAAAUCUCGGGGGCAGAUGGUGGCAGCUGUGCCUCUGUUACCCUCUGUGAACACUUGAACACUUUCAUCAAGAUUGCCAACGUCUGAUAAUGCUCCCAGUAUAUUUUCUCAGAGUCUAUUUACUUAAAAUUAUAUGGAAUGACAUGACUGAUAAGCAAUAAAGUCUGAAUCAUA